AAAAAAAACAGAAAGCAAGAAGAAAGAAAAAAAGGACAAAAAAGGGUUUUGAGUUUUGACCUUCUUCUUAUCGGCCGCUCACUGAGGUUUAUCGAGUGAAAGCCUCGUCAAAGCAAUUCAUCAGAGAAAGCAGAAGAUUAGUAGAAGAGAUGUUGUAUAUUAUAGGGUUAGGUUUAGGAGAUGAAAAAGAUAUAACCUUGAGAGGACUCGAGGCUGUUAAGAAAUCUCAGAAAGUAUACAUGGAAGCUUACACUUCUCUUUUGUCCUUUGGUCUCUCUGCUGAUGGUCUUUCCAAUCUAGAAAAGUUUUAUGGGAAACCAAUUAUACUUGCUGAUAGAGAAAUGGUGGAAGAAAAGGCUGGUGCUAUGAUUGAAGAAGCCAUUCAUAAUGAUGUCGCUUUUCUCGUUGUUGGUGAUCCUUUCGGAGCUACAACACAUAGUGAUCUUGUUGUUCGAGCGAAGACACUCGGUGUAAAAGUAGAGGUAGUGCACAAUGCAUCGGUGAUGAAUGCUGUUGGGAUUUGUGGAUUGCAGCUUUACCAUUAUGGAGAGACUGUUUCAAUCCCGUUCUUCACCGAGACUUGGAGACCUGAUAGUUUUUAUGAGAAGAUCAAGAAGAACCGCUCUCUUGGACUUCACACUCUCUGUUUGCUAGAUAUCCGAGUGAAGGAGCCUACUUUUGAAUCUCUCUGCAGAGGAGGGAAGAAACAGUAUGAACCCCCGAGAUAUAUGAGUGUUAAUACAGCGAUCGAGCAGCUUCUCGAAGUUGAGCAAAAGCACGGAGAUUCUGUUUAUGGAGAAGACACACAGUGUGUGGGCUUUGCGCGGCUUGGCUCUGAGGACCAGACGAUAGUUGCAGGGACGAUGAAGCAACUCGAGAGUGUUGAUUUUGGAGCACCGUUGCAUUGUCUUGUGAUAGUAGGCGAGACUCAUCCCGUAGAAGAAGAGAUGUUAGAGUUUUACAAAUACAAAAGUGGAAACUAAAAGACCACAAAACUAAAGAAGACUCUUAUCAUUACUCGCAAAGCUUCAAGGCAGAGCAGGAAGGGGAACAGAUUGAAACUAGGAACCCAUAUGUGAAAUACUCUUCUCCAUUUCUAUUUACUUUCGUGGUUUUGGUAGUGAAUUUUGUAAGCAUAGUUAUGGUGUGACUUCGAAUUUGAAAGGUGGAUAUUGAAAUAUUCAUUUGGCUAUAGAUUGAGGUGGAUUUUGUAUCAGAGCUUUGUUUCAGAGAGAAGUUUAUUUUGGGA